AUGAGUUCACCACUCAAAAACGACCAUCAUAUCGGGGAGGACAAUCACGUUGCGCGGGACGAUGUCUCGACCGAAGAGUUUGGCGUUGUCAAGCAACAGGAGACAUACGCUUUUGAGGAGUCGCGUAAGAUCGGUGUCACAGGCGCCGUCUUCCUGAUUCUUAACAAGAUGAUCGGUACCGGAAUCUUCUCCACACCCUCCGGUAUCUUCCAAUCUACCGGCUCCGUGGGCGUCGCGCUAAUGCUCUGGGUCAUUGGUGGCAUCCUCACCUUCUGCGGCAUGAGCGUCUUCCUCGAAUUCGGUCUCGCGAUCCCCCGCUCCGGCGGCGAGAAGAACUACCUCGAACGCGCCUACAAACAUCCCAAGUACCUCGCGACCUGCGUCCUGGCCUCGCAAAUGAUUCUCCUCGGCUUCUCCUCCGGAAACUCUCUUGCUUUCGGUCGCUACAUUCUCUUCGCGUCCGGAUCAAGCUCACCAGACGGCUGGGUCGCCCGCGGUAUCGGUAUUGCCGGAGCUACGUUCGCUGUUGGCAUUCACGCCAUCACACCCAAGUGGGGCAUUCGUCUCUUCAAUGUGCUGGGCGUUUUCAAGGUCAUUGUUCUGCUCUUCAUCGUUUUCUCCGGGUUUGCCGCCCUUGCCGGCCGUCGUCUCGUACCGAAUCCCCACAACUUUGACAACGCUUUCCGCAUCGAGGAGGGAGAAGGAUACGGCAAUGGUGGUGUCUACGGCUACGCGACUGCUCUCCUUCGUAUUAUCUACAGUUACAAAGGAUGGGAGAACGCCAACUACGUCGUCGGCGAGCUCAAGAAUCCGCGAAAGACUUUGGCCGUUGCUGCUCCCAUCGCAAUUGGCGGUGUUACUAUUCUCUAUGUCCUCGCCAACGUCGCCUACUUUGCUGCCAUCCCUAAGACCGAGCUUGCCACGUCUGAGGUUAUCGUCGCUGGUGUCUUCUUCCGUAACGUCUUCGGCAACAGCGCCGGUGCCAGAGCUCUACCGGCUUUCGUUGCCAUUAGCAACUUGGGCAACGUGCUUGCUGUCAGUUUCGCACACGCCCGUCUAAAUCAGGAGCUGGCUAAGGAAGGUCUACUGCCUUUCAGUCGCUUCUGGGCUUCGAACAAACCUUUCAACGCUCCUGCUGCAGCGUCUGGACUAUUGGCUAAUUUUGAUGGCAGCGGCCUCCUCUACCUCCAGUGGAACAAGAAGGAGAGCUGGACCUCGCCUUGGCAUACUUACUUUCCAAUCACCGUUCUAUACGUCCUCGCCAACGCCUUUCUGUGUAUCGUUCCGUUCAUCCCUCCCACAGGCUCUUGGACAGCCGAUGGCUACCCCUACUAUGUCUUCCCCAUCGUUGGUGUCGGCGUGCUUCUCUUGGGCGGCGUCUACUGGGGUUUCUGGACCAAGAUCUUCCCUGCUAUCGGCGGUUAUAAAAUUGUGGCUGAGAGAUUCUAUGAUCAGGAGGGUAACGAGGUAAUCAGAUAUCGUAAGGUCAGCACCAAGCAUGGCCAUUCGGGACCCAUCGAUUAA